UGUGAUGAAUGUGGACAAAGAUUUAGUCACAAGUCAAACUUAAACCAACACAUGAGAAUCCACACAGGAGACAAAGCCAUUCAGCUGUGAUGAAUGUGGACACAGAUUUAGUCAAAAGUCAAGCUUAGACGUACACAUGAGGAUCCACACAGGAGACAAACCAUUCAGCUGUGAUGAAUGUGGACAUAGAUUUAGUCAGAAGACACACUUAAACCGACACAUGAGAAUCCACACAGGAGACAAACCAUUCAGCUGUGAUGAAUGUGGACAAAGAUUUAGUCACAAGUCAAACUUAAACAAACACAUGACGACCCACACAGGAGACAAACCAUUCAGCUGUGAUGAAUGUGGACACAGAUUUAGUCAAAAGUCAAGCUUAGACGUACACAUGAGGAUCCACACAGGAGACAAACCAUUCAGCUGUGAUGAAUGUGGACAUAGAUUUAGUGAGAAGACACACUUAAACCGACACAUGAGAAUCCACACAGGAGACAAACCAUUCAGCUGUGAUGAAUGUGGACAAAGAUUUAGUCACAAGUCAAACUUAAACAAACACAUGAGGAUCCACACAGGAGACAAACCAUUCAGAUGUGAAGAAUGUGGACAAAGAUUUAGUCAAAAGUCAAGCUUAAACGAACACAUGAGAAUCCACACAGGAGACAAACCAUUCAGAUGUGAAGAAUGUGGACAAAGAUUUAGUCAAAAGUCAAGCUUAAACAGACACAUGAGAAUCCACACAGGAGACAAACCAUUCAGCUGUGAUGAAUGUGGACAAAGAUUUAGUCACAAGACAAGCUUAGACGUACACAUGAGAAUCCACACAGGAGACAAACCAUUCAGCUGUGAUGAAUGUGGACAAAGAUUUAGUCAAAAGUCAAGCUUAGACAAACACAUGAGAAUCCACACAGGAGACAAACCAUUCAGUUGUGAUGAAUGCGGACACAGAUUUAGUUGCAAGACACACUUAAACCAACACAUGAGAAUCCACACAGGAGACAAACCAUUCUUCUGUGAGGAAUGUGGACACAGAUUUUCUCGAAAGACAACCUUAAACCAACACAUGAGAAUCCACGCAGGAGACAAACCAUUCUUCUGUGAGGAAUGUGGACAAAGAUUUAGUCACAAGUCAAACUUAAACAGACACAUGAGAAUCGACACAGGACAGAGACUGUUUCCCUGAGGUGUGUGGUGAAUUAUUUAGGUGGCCUGUCUCUUUAAAAAGGCACAUGCGUGUCCAUGCAACAUAGAAACUGCACUUUGAGAAUGCUUUCUAAAAUUUAAAGUGCGUUAUAAAAAUGAUUAUUAUUGUUAUUAUUAUUAUUAUUACGGAAGCCGGUCAUUGCUGCCCCCAGAGGCUCGUCAUGCAUGCAAAUGCCAGUCCCUGAUGCCUGUUCGGAGUGGCUUGACCAGACGCACCCUCGUCUCCUCCCCUCUGGUCGGCUCAUCACCCAGCCAAUCACAUCGCAGCCUGCCAGCAACCAGGAAAUAAAGGACUGCUGCUGUGUUCAUUCUGGAGGGAGAAGCUGUUUAGCACAGAUGGUUUUCCCCUCAGCUUGACAGAAUUGUGGUGGCUUUUGACUGUAUGUUUUCUGUGCUUAGUGGCGGCAUUUUGACACGUAGAUUACUCGGGAGUUUUAAGCAGGGUUAAACCUGACUGUUUGUUUUGUCAGUUUAAUGAUAAUUACUAAUUUCAGUUUGGUUUUGCCUUCGAUAGCAUACAACUGUUUUGGCUGCUUUUUGAGUUAAUUUGUGUUCUGCUUAGAAUCCAUUUUGUAUUAACCUUUAGAUAUUAAGAGUAGUUUGUGUUGGGCUAGGUUAAAGUGUGUGGUAUUGCAUUUAUGUUACAUAUUCUAUUGGAAUUGCUGCAUGUUUUGUUAUCUAGAUAAGUACGCCAGUUUAUGCUCACCUUUUUAUUUUGUGUAAUCUUGGUUUUGUUUUCAACUGGCUGAUUUUGAGUUAGACCUUAGUGGUUCUAUUGUGUUUUUACUUUGGGCAGCUUCACUAAACCCAGCAUUUGUCAUUACCACCAGUUGUUUGUUCUCCAUUUCCUUUUACAACAAUAAAACUACUUGCUUCCGUUAUUAACAUCUGUCCACUGUUCUUUUCUGUUGUUAAGUCUUCUCAUACCUCUAUAGUGGGUCGUAACAAAUUGGGGGCUCGUCCGGGAGCUUUUGUUCUCAAAGUAUAUUUAGCACAGUUGAUGUGGAGCAGUGGACUUUAAUGUUCAGAGAUCAAAAUGGCUACGUCCUUUGACUUGUACCGGUUUCUUGCAGCUCCUUCCAGUGUAGCUCUUGACUGUUGCCGCAAAGCUUAUCUUAUGCAGCCUGUGGGUCAUUUUUCCCUGUUGGUCCUGAAACAGGCCAUCAAGAGCCAGAGUGUCUGCAGAAGCCGCAGCUGUGUGUGAAGGCGCUCUGGCUAGAAGCGACCCAGUUAAUGGAGAGGUGAAACCUCUCAUUCAGACUCCCAGCCCGAAGACGACUGAGGAGGGACCGGGGGCUGAAAAGCCAGUGACACUUUUAUCACUCUGUCCCGGUGUGAUCCACUUUCCUCAAACAGUUUGGAUGCCCGUGCUGGGACUCCGUUAAAAGUCUGUUUGGUUAGAUUGGAGCUGGAAGCCCCUGAGAAGGCUGAAGCUCGCCAAGCGCACAUGGAGUUUGAGCCAAGAAAGUUGGAAAUAGAAGGUGACAAAGCUGUCAGGCUCCGAAGGUUGGAGCUGAAGGCUCAAGCCCAGGCACCGCCCACUUUGGCCACUACUGCAGGGGCGGCUCCUUCUGUUUCCGCCACCUUUGAUGUGAGCAAGUGCAUUUUUUUGGUGCAUAAUUUCAGGGAUACCGAGGUGGACUCGUAUUUCGCUGCAUUUGAGUGCAUUGCAGGCACAUUGGAAUGGCCAUGUAACGUGUGGCCCUUAUUGUUGCAGUGAAAGUGAACUGGAAAAGCCCAAGAGGUUGUUUCAGCCCUACCGUUAAAGGAGAGCUUGAGCUGCGACACAGUCAAAGCCGUAGUUCUCCAAGCUAACAAACUCGUACCUGAAGCUUAUUGCCAGAAAUUUUGCCAGCAGAAACAAUCUGCCGGGCAAACUUAUGUGGAGCACAGAUGGAAAUGAAAAGUACUCUCUUUGACAAGUUGUGUGCGGCGUCAAAAGCUGGUGAUUUGGAAUCUUUAAGUUUGUCACAAACCCGGUCAUCUCAUUGCUGAGUGUGAAGUUUUGAGAAUAAAGAACCACCGCAAACCACAGCUGCAAGGUGUAGGUUUGGUCUGGACACAGACUCACUGCAGAGACGCAAAAUCAGAUAAGUCAAAAAGUCCUGAUUCAUGUGUUGUUCCUUUCAUAUUUAGUGGUUCUGUUGGAAAUGCCAAUGAUAAAAUCCUGAUCCGUAUUUUGAGGGAUACUGGAGGUUCCCAGUCCCUCAUCUUGGCUGAUGCACUGACUUUCUUCGACGCUACUUCAUGUGGGCCUAAUGUAGUGAACAGAGGAAUAGAGAUGCCAUAUGUGCCCAGAGCGGUACAUCAUGUGCACAUUAGGACAGAUUUAAUUAGUGGUAUUUUUCCUGUAGCUGUAUGCCUAGAAUUACUUCUGAAGGGGAUAACUAUGAUAAUGAGGAAUGAUAUAGCUGGUGGCCGUGUAGUAUUAAUGUUCCUGUAGUUGACGCUUCACCAGAUUCCCAUUUGUUAUCCAAUUUGUAUCCAGCUUGCACAGUAAUUUGUGCACAAGCUCGAAGCCAAGGCCAUGCGGCUAGUCUUUCAGACAGAGCCUUGUCCCGUUUAUUUGCAGAGGUUCUUGUUCACUUUCCUCUGAAUGAGGACGUUGAUUCAUCAGAAGCUGAUGAACAGACUAGCAAAGAAAUCUUGUCAUCAGACCCUGAUUCUAACAUAUUACCACUAGCUAGUGAGAAAUUAGUGGAGGCUAAGAUGAUGGUUGGGUGCACAGUGGCACUCUGUUGCUGGAGACUGGAAUGCAAAUGAUGCGGAUGGCAAUCCUCUCUCAUUUAACAAUGCUGAUUUAAUUCAGAGAAGAGAUGCUUUGUAUGAACGAAUGAGAGCUAGAUGUCAGAAACACGCAGACUGGACUAACAUUAACAGAUGUACUCAGAAAGAAGACGAGAAAGCAGUUGACUAUAUGGACAGACUGAGACAUGUUCUUGAUAUAAACAGUGGACUGACCAGACCAAACCCACCAAAUCCAAGAAGUUCUUGUGAUCAACAUUUAAUGAAUGCUUUCAUAACAGGUGUAUUGAGCCCAAUUCAGACAUACAUUACAAAGUAUAUGGUAACACACCUGCAGCAGGUCCAGAUGAGGUGCUGGAAUAUGCUUGACAUGUAGAAGACUUUCUGAACGCUGUGAAGGCCGCGCUCUUCAAUGGGUGGCUUGAACACUGCUCUAGGCCAGAGAGCCGUUGCUAAGGCAACGGACAGGGAGCAGAGGCCCUUAUCUCGACAGAUAACUCACACCUGCUGAAAACCCCCGCUUUUUGCUCUCAGUGAGUGAAGGAGGGAGAGAAGUUUUAUUAAAGUUUGGAUCUAUGACUGUUAUGGCACACAUGAUGUGAGAUGAUGUUUUUAAUCAAAAAACUGAGUUUAUGGACUGCCUGAUCAAUACUCAGUUAUGUUUUUCUAUGUGUUAUGUAUUACCCAUUCACAUUUCAUAUAUUCCUGUUUGCUUGCUUAUUUACAUUAUUAUCCUUAGAUUUAGUGAUGUUCAUUAGGUUUUGGUUUUGAUUAAUAGAGCUACAGCUUAGUUGUUAUUAUUUUGUAGCUUACAGAGAGUGCAUUCACAAAUAAGAUGUAAAUAAGAAGGUCUGGGAGACUAAAAAGGGAGUUACUCCUUAUCUGCUUGCUCCAAAGCAGAGCGGAAUUCCCCAGCAAACUCAGAAAAUAUUAACAAGCAGCCUUUGUGUGAAAAACUGUAAGGAUAGAUAGAUAAUGGGACAGGGAAAAGUGUCUUCUUUCCUUCAGCUCUGAUGCAACCCAGAAGGAGGGACCAACUUGCAGGAUGCCCACAUAUGCUUUUCUGCUGAUGGAAAAAUACUAAGUGGUUGGUUCUGAGUUGUUUUCUGUCGAUGGAAAAUUACUGAGUGGGUUGGUUUUGAGUGUUUUUUCUGCUAGUGGGAAGGUACCAGAUGAGAUGGUUUUUAAGUUAUGUAUAUAUACUGGUGAUUUUGUGAAGAGAAUGGAAUUGUCUGGAGAUUUUGAAGAGCUGCUGCGGAGAUUUUGCAGAGACUUCUACAGAUUUUCUACGGAGACUUAGAGAAAACUUAGUUAGAUUUUUACAGAACUUCAUCCCUCUUACUGGGAUAGAUUUUGCCCGUUUGCCAAGGGAGAUUUACUUAUUAUUGAAGAAAACUUAGACUGCGAAAGUGGAAAACACUCCUUGUGAGAAAACUUUUACUUUAUACUUAUUUCUUAUAUUCUGCUUUUUAACCCUCACUGAAAGGGAAACCCCCAAAAGGGAAUUUUAUUAUUUUUUCUUUCUUUUUAUUUUUUCUGUAUUGUACCAAUAAAAGAAAACUUGAAUAAAAGGGUUAUAGUUAACUUCGGUUAA